GACACCGUGGAGUGCGCCCGCUCUCUCGGCAGUCCCGCGGUGGACACCUCGCACCUGCUGCUCUCGGUGCUGCAGCAGGAGAAGGGCAACGGGUGCCUGCUGCUGGGGAGGCUUUGCAAGAGCGCUUCGCCGAAGGCCCUCAAGGGCGAGUUGGUGCGCGUGCUCGGCGCGCAGCGGGCCAAGGAGCGCGGCGAGGCCGGGGCGGAGGCACAGAGCGCCGGCCACGUCGGCUCCGCCGCCAUACCGGGCGAUGCGGCAGAGGAGGAGAUGCCCGUGACCAUGAAGUACGGCAAGGACCUCACGCUCAUGGCGCGGAGGGCCCAGCUGGACCCCCUGGUGGGCCGCGAG